AUGAGUCCUCCCAACGAAGCCACCUCGGUCAUUCCAGAUGGCAACUCAUCUGACGACACGGAAAAUCAAAAGACAUCUGGAAAUGAGAAAAGUCUCGACGAUUCGACGCCAUCUUUGCAGCAAUCCAUCACGCCCUGGAAAUGGUACUCCAUUUGCGUUGGGCUGUAUCUUACCGCUCUGCUAUAUGGCUUAGAUACCUCUAUAGCAGCAGAUGUCCAAGGGCCCAUCUUGGAGACUCUAGGAGAGAUCGAGAAGCUGUCAUGGGUGGGCAUCGGCUUCCCUAUGGGCUCCGUUGCCACCAUUCUUUUGCUCGGCUCCCUGUAUGGUGCUUUCGAUAUCAAAUGGCUCUAUCUCGCGAGCAUAAUUCUGUUUGAAGUCGGAAGCGCUGUGUGCGGAGCUGCACCUUCGAUGAACGCCAUGAUUAUUGGCAGAGUUGUGGCAGGAGUUGGAGGAGCCGGAAUGUAUCUUGGCUGCCUCCAUUACAUAGCCGUUUUCACCAGCCUUGAGCAGCGUGGCCUGUACAACGGACUCGUUGGGCUAUGCUGGGGCGCUGGCUGCAUUCUUGGCCCUGUUGUUGGCGGAGCAUUCGCCAGCAGCGCCGCCACUUGGAGAUGGUCGUUCUAUAUCAACCUAGUCCUGGCCGCUGUUACCGCACCAAUCUACGUGCUCUGGUUCCCUCGGCACAAUCCUCAACCUACGAUUUCCGCAAAGUCGAAGCUCGCGGCUGUUGACUGGGUUGGGGCCGCGUUAAAUGCGUCCACUUUUACACUCUUUAUGGUUGUUUUGGCGUAUGCCGGUACCACCUGGAAAUGGAGUUCUGGUGGUUCAAUUGGCCUGUGGGUUGCGUUUGGUGUUUCUCUCGUCAGCUACGCAGUUCAGCAGACGUUUUGCAUCUUCACCUCUGAGAAGAACCGACUGUUCCCCGUCCAGUUUCUUAAACGACGCACAAUGCUUCUCCUCUAUUUUACGACUGCAAGCGCCUCUACGAGUCUCUUUGUGGCGGUUUACUACGUGCCUCUGUUCUUCCAAUUCACUAAAGACGACUCUGCAAUUAAGGCUGCUGUACGCCUACUGCCUUUUAUAACUCUCAAUGUUACUUUCACCAUGGUCUCAGGCAUUUUACUGCCGGUCUUCGGCUAUUACAUGCCAUGGUAUAUACCAUCAGGGGGCCUUAUGCUGAUUGGCGGCGCGCUCAUGUAUACGGUAACUCCCAGCACAAGCGUUGGCGCAAUAUAUGGAUUUGAGAUUCUCAUAGCCGUUGGUGCUGGUCUUUCAUCGCAGCUUGCCUAUGCAAUUGCACCUGCCAAGGUGAAGGCACAUGAGGUUUCUGCAGCUAUUGGAUUCAUUAAUGUGGCCCAGUUAGGCUCAAUUUCCAUUGCGUUAGCAAUUUCGGGCUCUAUCUAUCAAAACCUUGGACUGAAGCUUCUCCAGGAUGCUUUACAAGACUAUAACUACAGUCAGGCAGAUCUUCAAUCUGCGCUUGCUGGUGUCAAAUCUGCUGUUUUUUCACACAGCAAUCCAUUGAUAAAAGAGCUUGCUAUUAAAGCACUCGUCCGAACAAUUAGUUCGCUCUAUGGCCUUGUUAUUGCAGCUGCAGCUUUGACUUUAGUUAGUGCUGUAUUUAUGAGGUUCGAGAAAUUGCAGUUAAAGGUUUCAGCGGGUUAG